UUUGAUGCAACUUCGCACCGAUACUUGUUCUUUUUCCGGUAAUAACUUAAAACGGUACGUACUAUUUUUCCAAAUCAGUUUUGGAAAUCCAUAUUUUAAAUAGGAAUCCUUUCCUUUUUUCUAGUGCCGAUUAUUUCAAGAUUUUCUGCUUCUGGUUGUGUCCAUUUUCUUCUCAUAGUCACAAUGCCACGAGAAAUUAAAGAAAUCAAAGACUUCCUUUUGAAAGCUAGGAGGAAGGAUGCAAAAUCUGUAAAAAUCAAGAAGAAUGCUGAAAAUGUUAAAUUCAAAGUCAGGUGUUCAAGAUUUUUGUACACCCUUGUGAUUACAGACAAGGAAAAAGCAGAAAAAUUGAAGCAAUCUUUACCUCCAGGUCUUCAAGUAAAAGAAGUAAAAAGAAGUGAACGUAUGUAAUUAACCAAUAAAAUAAUUUCUUACAUGUA